AAUAAUUGAAGACUCUAGAGAGGGUUGGGAAAUGGGAGUAAGAGGUAGCAAGUUGAGCAAAUUGAUUGGAGCUAAAGGUGUCAAGAGACUAGGGUGCCCUUCAACGGCACCCAGAGGCUAUGUGCCUAUUUGUGUUGGAGUUAAUGAUGAUACUAGAAGAUUUAUGGUUCAUACACAAGCACUUAGUGAUGCUGAGUUCUUGGAGCUUCUCUGUAAAUCUGCUGAAGAAUAUGGUUUUGGUAAUAAAGGUGUUCUUAAAAUUCCGUUCGAAGCAAAAGAUUUCGAAGAGUGGAUGAUUAAAAGAACCCGAUUGAAGAUUAGUCCCGUUAAAUCCAAUGUGCAAAAUUUGGAGAGAAUUGAUGAAAAAUAUGUGAAAAGAUCUAUUUUAGGGUGAAUUCUUCUGGGAUGUUUCAUUGAACCAAGACCGGUUUAAAAAGAAAAAUUGAUAAAUCUACUGCCUUGGAUAGAGCCUUCAAUUGAUCUUGAGAAAGCUCAACUGGCACCAAUUGAGAAGCACGCAUGGCACCAAUUAAUAAUAGUCCUAUGAUCGAUUUUGACCCAAUUGGUGAAUCGGCGCUCGCUCUGCUUGACAAAGUUCUAUUUAAAAAGGUAUUUGGUUCAAAAGAAAGAGAGGUCUCUUGUAUUGCAAAUUCAAAUUUAGAUUUUUUAAAAUUUCUUUUAAUAGUUCUAAUAGAUUUUCAUCA